AUGGGUGGAAAUGGUAACACACUGAAUCUAAGUUUUGAAAAGGACGAGGAAAAAGGAAUAAAACUACCCAUGUGGAAAUGUCAGAAAAGAAAACUAAGUAAAGAGAACAUAUUUGAGCACGAAGAGCCUUCUUUCCUGGGAGUGGGAAACUUCAAAAUCCUUGUGGCUGAAAAUACGAAGGACACAGAGCCUGGCUGCCAGAGCAGAUGGAGAGAGGACAGAAGUCUUGAGGCUUCAGAGAACCAGUCAGUUCUGUCCCUGAGCCGCGGACCUCGGACCUUGGGGAAAACGGGCCCUGACCCUGGGAUAGGGAGGAUCCCGCCCCGUCUCACCGGUCCCACGCCGCCCAGCCGCCCGCCCCGAGGCCGGCCCAGCCUGCAGCCUGACGUUCGUGUUCUUGUCCCGCAGGCGGAGCUCUUGCCCGACCAAGACCCGGACCUGGACGGGACCAAGAUCAGUACAGUGAAAGUCCAAGGCAAUGACAUCUCCCACAAGCUUCAGAUUUCUAAAGUGAGGAAAAAGGAUGAAGGUCUCUACGAGUGCAGGGUGACGGACGCCAACUACGGGGAGCUUCAGGAGCACAAGGCCCAGGCCUACCUGAGAGUCAACAGCAACAGCCACGCCCGGAGGGUGCAGGCAUUCGAGGCCUCACCCAUGUGGCUGCAGGACGCGAAGCCUCGCAAGAACGCCUCUGCCGCCCUGCCCAGCCUGGCACACAGCUCUGCCAGCCAGCGAACGCUCUCCACCUCCAGCCCACAGGCCGUGGCCAGAAUCCCCAAACAAAGUCCACAAUCAGCAAAGAGCAAAUCGCCUGUAAAACCUACGGAGCGGACAGCAAAGUUGACCCUAAACUCCAAGCACCACUCAGCACCUCUGUACUAUAAUUACCUACACCAGGAGCUCCUGCUUCCGGAAGCAUAAAUGAAGAGACUAUCACACGCUUUGUUCCUAAUGUUUUCUUUGGCAAAUCACUGGUCUUUCAUUUCACAAGGAUUAGUGUGAAGCGAUAGGACCUUUUCUAUAGCAAGACCAAUUUUUUUCUCUUUUCUUUCGGCGAGUAACAUCAUCAUCCCUCUGACUGCUCGGGGGUUGGCCAGAGUCAUUGUUUAGUGAAUGUUUACUGUGGAUACCACUGAUUUCCCAUCAAAGGACCCACCAAUCAGCUGCAGAGAAACAAACAGAUCAGAAGUCUACAGGACAGAACCCUUUACCCAACAAAACCCUUCUGGUGUAGGAACAAAAUCGUCAGUGCUGCAAGUCAACAGGAGAAUAUUGUCUUAAACAUGGAGUAAUUACAGAAAGUUUUCUUUCAAACCUUCUUGGAUAUUUUAAUUUUUCCUGAUCCCAGUUCUGGUUCCAUGGUGGGGAGUCCUGCUUACGGCCAACCCCUGUCCAUCUUGGGAAGUUUCUAUGAAUACAUUUUGAGUGCUCUAUGUUUCAAUGUAUUUUAAUUCAUUUUGCAAUUGUUGUAUAUGCAGACCUCAUGAAUUCUGUAAAUUGCUUCUAUUAUGUGUGAUAUAACUUCAAAGUAGAUAGACUGUAAGCCUCAUGCAAGCUGAUUUUUAUCAUUCGAUAUAUAAAUAUAAACCUACGGAUAUCUCUACGUUGGCUACCAACCAACUUCUUUUGAUAAAUCAUUUAUUUUUUGUUUAUGAUCCAUGUAUUGCGUGAAUUUCGUAGUGGAUCCUUCAUCUCUGCAAGUUUGAUGGCUUCAGAUGGUCCGUUGCGUCCUCUGCUUCCUCCUGGGAAACACAUAUUCGGAACUGUAUCUGUCUCUGAAAAACGAAUUAAUUUUGUUGUGUGUGUGCUAUGUUGGAAUUUGCUGUGUUCCUUUAUGUAUGCUGUUCACCUGAGUUGGGAGCUUCCUGACCAGAGAACACACUUUGGUUCUGACAACUACCCCUGUGUCAUCCUCAUUCUGUCACUGUACAGCAAAGUCACUUCUAGAAAUUCUGUCUCGGGGCGAAUGUGGGAGGGAAGCUGACCCUUGGUCCCUGCGUUCAUGAAGAAACCUUUUUGCUAUGGCUCAAAUAUGCUGCUUCCUUUGACUGUAUGAAUUUUUGUAGCUUUGUCAUUCUGUUAUUUGCUGCUAAUUAUAUUUUAAUGUCUCCUAAUUAAAAAAUUAAAAUUUGUUGUUGGCUAAAUACAAUAUGCAAAUGAUGAAUGCAGACCCCUCCCAAAGAAGCCGUGUGUUCCGUGUUCACUGGUUGACGAAUUAGGAUUUUGAUAUUCCACCUUUAUUUUUGGCUUAAUAAUAAUUCAGACUGCUUUAUUUGGAACAUGAUUUUUACUCUAGCACAGAGAGAUAGGACUAGUAAUGUGUUGCAGAUGCACCAGGAAGAGGGAAGACUGGAGAGAGGAACGAUCUCAGUUUUCCUUCCAGAGCAUCUUCUGUUUUCUUUCUGUCCAAAGCCGAACUCAGCUGCACAGGGCCUGUCUUCCCUGUCUCAACCCUAAGCAGAGGGCGGAGGGCAGUGAAUGCCUCUGCCACACCAAGGUAAACCCAUGGACUUUCUGCCUUUGGUUACAGAAAUGUGCAUAUUUGCAUGAUAUUCUUGACAUUCUCUUCGGAGAAAGAAUGUUUCAUACUACUUUUUUUCCAUUUUUCUUGUUUAUUUGGUUUAUUAUUUCAGUCUAAUGAGGAAAAUAAGCAAAGGUUUGAUUGCGCUAUGUUAUUAACUGAGGAAUGUAUUUUCUUUCAAAGAUUAAUACCUGUAAGCGCAUAAAAUAAUAAGGUAAAUGUCAUCUGUGAGUCUGUAUGAGCUUGAAGGAUGGCAUACAUUAAGGCAUCAGAGUUCUGAUUCGAUUCAGUCCAGCUGGUAGAACACACGAGACACCAGGUUUUCACUCAGAUGCCAGGAAAUGAGCUCAUUCAGCAUGAGCAGGACAGAUCGGUACCAGUUUCACUACGGCAGGGACAGGUGCUGGUAUGAGAACACUUACUAGGCUCAUUGUAUCAGUGUCCAAAACAUUGUAGACGUAUUUGUCACUGUGCUACCGAGUCUAACUGCCCGGCUGCUGUUUUGAGAAAAAACAUAGCAUGCUAAACUCAGAAACUUAAGAUGGAAUUUUAAAUAUUAGAAUGGAGAUGGUAGCACACUAAGGAGACCAUCUAGUUGUUUGCAUCUAAUCUUCUAUCCCUUGGGUAGUAACUGUAUGCUGUGACUAUGGAAAUGAAUAAAGAUUGAAAAUAAUUGAUCUGGCUUCUCAGCCUUGUUUCCAAGGUUUUUUGACGUCUUUCAGAAGACGAAAUAAUGAAAAGUUGAAAUUGCUUAGCUCGAAUUCAAGCCAGAUCCUUUGUUCUCUCUCAAAGACAUGUAGACUGCUGACAAAUAAAACAAUGCAAAUGAAAGUACUUGAGGAUAAAAUAAGAUAAAACGUCUUACGGCCAAUGUAAGUUAAUAAACAAACUUGGUGGAGUCUUCAAGCCCAGGGAAUUUAUAGUCAGCCUUCUGUGCCCUUAAACAAUAAAUGCAAUGUAACAACUCUUCCUGUGGUGUGCACAUUGUAUAGAAAUAAUUUUAAGUAUACAGGACAAUGUGUGUAUGGUAUAUGCAAAUCCUGUACCAUUUUUUAUAAGAGAUGUGAGUAUCCACAGAGACGACCUUCCAGAAGGGCUCAUCCAACCCAUCCUCACAGAGCCUGGGGAUGGCUCUAGAUCUGUAUUUUGCAUGUGUAUAUUUGUCUUAUGGGAAAGGUUCUUCACAUUAACUGACUCUGAAAAUGAUUUACUUAUCAUUUGCUGGCCUAGGAAAAUAAUACUUAAAUAGUUUUGAGAACAUAUGAUGACCUGAUUGCUAUGUUUGAACUGGUUUGCCUUAAGAUUCUUGGAAGCAGGAUGUCUUUAGAGAAAUAUAUUAGGACACACACACACACACACACACACACACAUAUACAUCUGACAAAACAUACAUUUUUAAGCUCAGAAAGAAUACUUUAAAUUUGCUAUAAACAGUAUAAACAGAAAUGAUGUUGAAUUUUUAUUACAAUGCUAAUAUAAAUUUUUAAAGGACAUGCAGCUACCAUUCAAAUAAGUGGUAUUGAUCCUAUAUAAAAAAUAUUAAGUAUAACAGUUUAUAAAAGAAGAGAUAAUUACCAAAGGAAACGUAAUCUUUCUGAGAUACAACAUAACUAAUGAUUGUACUUUGGAAUUGAGACUAUGUAGUUAAAAAUAUUUGUACAUAAUUUCAAACAUUAAGCUCAAAGGAUUUCAUUGUAGAUCUGCUCAUUAAUCAGAGGAACAUUCAGUGAUUCAGGAAGUGUGGGGAUUCAGGGUUUUGGCCAUGGAUGGUAUCAGUCAUGCAUUUCCUGCAUUUGCGGGGGAGAUGGGGAGUCGGAGAAAACAUACUGGUGUGGGGUGUGUAACCAGGUGGCCCUGGGAGGCCACUCUGAGCAGGGCCACUGGUGUUAAUCCUGAGAGAUCUGAAGUCAGUCAAGAGCAGGUUGUGGACCAGAGCCUUCAGGACAGAGCACAGCUUGUACAAAGUACUAAAGCCAAGUCCGUGUUGCUGUUCAAGGACCAGAGCUUAUAAUCGAGGGGCCAGUGUCUGAGACUGCACCUGUGAAGAGGUAUCAGGCAGGAUGGAGCCAUGGGAACUGAACAGGCAGAGCCAGAGUCUGUGACACUGCAGGUGCGCUGCUAUUCUGGAGCAGGACCGGGCUCCUGGGCACCUCUUGCAAUCACACACUGACUUCCAGAUGGCUGGAAACCUGUGCCAGUGCUGGAGACACAGGGGCAUGGCAACAUUUCCUGCUGAUUUACAUCAGAUCAUUUUAAGGAGCAACAGGAGCAAUGGAGCACAAUCAGGACAGGUGUGACUAUGGCGAUGAGCCAGUUCUGGGCAUUAUGGGAGUGAAGCAGGAGCAGUGUCCACCCGUGGCUUUGCUUGCCUCUGGUUUCAGCUACUGUGGUCAGCCAGGAUCUGAAAACAUCCAGUGGAACCCUGCACUUAAACCAGUCCUAAACUGUGAUUACACGUGUGAUGGACAGGACCUUCACUGUCCUGCUGUGGCCCCGGACAAGACCUAUCCCCUCUGUGCUCACCAGCUGUGCCCCCAGCCACCUCUGUGAGAAGAGGGACUGUCACUGUGUCAUCACCUGAGUGACAGAAUCCUUAUUGAACCUAUUAGUGGCCCCAAAGCCAAUAGGGCCAGGCUGGCAAUCUGGAUUUUCCAAAGAGAAGUUGUAAAUGUUUCCCCCAGGCGCAAAUAUAAAAGUUCUGUUUCUUUAUCAGUGUGUGUGGUAAGAAAACAAGUGGUCCAUGCAGGGUUUGCACCAACCCACGAGUGGGCUGGCAGGACACCCCCUUGAAGAGGAGGGAAGAGCUUGCUGUAGGUUUGAAGGGCAGGGAAGGUGGAGGGGAAAAGGUGCAUUCUUAGACAUUGGCUAGAAAACACUGUGACUAAAAGGGCAGGGAGGAAAAACUCUAGAAUGUGCACACUUUGCAAAUGUUAUUUUUUUUAAGUCAGAAAUUAAAAUUGGAAUUCUCCACAAUACAAAUCCCAGAAGUCAAUGGAUUAAAGAGACAGUAUUUUCAGGGGGUGAGAUUGUGACAAAAAUCACUUUAUACUUAGACUAUAUUUUCACUGUUAAAGAAAUAAAAUCAUUUUGAAGUAAACAAGGCUUAGAAACAAAUAGCCUGUAUAUACUGUUUUUAAAACUGCUGCAUAUCGUCCCAAGACAGGAAAUUAAAGUAAAUAAGCAUGUUACAAACUAUCUAACAUGUGCAUUUAGAAAUUGUGUUAAAUCUAAAGAAUGCUGGAGUAUUUUAUUGUUUUCACUGUAUAUAAAAGAAACAAAACUUUUCCAACCAAUACUUAUCCUUAUUCUGUAAAUGUAAUAUAAUGUUUUCAGUGUUGUUCUUUUUUUCUUUUGCACAUGUUUGUCACAAAACAU